AUGGCGGCGGCGGCGGCACCGCGUCCAUCUUCCCCGCCCCUGAGGACAUCCAUUGCGCUGCUCCUCCUCGCCCUCGCCCUCUCCGCGCUCGUGCCGUCGUCAGAUGCGUAUGAUUCGCUUGAUCCGGUUGGGAACAUUACGAUCAAGUGGGAUGUGAAGAAGUGGAGGGAAGAUGGCUACAUGGCCACCGUUUCACUGUACAACUACCAGCAGUAUCGCCACAUCCAAGCGCCGGGAUGGAAGCUCGGCUGGGUGUGGGCGGGGAAGGAGAUAAUCUGGAAAAUGGCCGGCGCCCAAACCACGGAGCAGGGCGAUUGCUCCAGGUUCAGAGAGGAGCCGCCGCCGCACUGCUGCCGGACGGACCCGGAGGUGGUGGACUUCCUUCCGGGGGCAUCCUACGACAAGCAGACCCCAAACUGCUGCAAAGGAGGAGUCCUCAGCUCAUGGGGACAGGACCCCGCCAACGCCAUUGCCACAUUCGACGUCAACGUUGGUCGGGCAGGGACUACGAACAGCUCCGUCCAGGUGCCCACAAAUUUCACCCUCAAGGCCCCUGGGCCAGGGUACACCUGCGGGCCUGCAAAGGAGGUAGAGCCUACCAAGUUCAUUGACAAGGAUGGGGAUGGGAGGAGGACGACCCAGGCCAUCAAGACAUGGAAUGUGACGUGCACAUACUCGCAGUUCGUCGCGGGAAGAUCCCCGACGUGCUGCGUUGUGCUCUCGUCGUUUUACAACAGCACCAUCGUCGAGUGCAAUAAGUGCUCAUGUGGCUGCCAAGAUAACAGCACAAACCCAGUGAGCUGUAUCAGGCCCAACUCACCUUAUCUGUCUUCUGUCGUGCCCGGGGAUAGCACCAACACCCCGGCACCUCUCGUGAAAUGCUCUUCUCAUAUGUGCCCAAUAAGAGUGCAGUGGCACGUCAAGGCUAACUACAAGGACUACUGGAGGGUGAAGAUCACGGUGCAAAACUUCAACUACCUGAUGAACUACUCGCAGUGGAACCUCGUCGCGCAGCACCCCAACUUCAACAACCUCACCACUAUCUUCAGCUUCAGAUACAAAGAUCUGAACCCUUAUGGAACAAUAAACGACACCGGGAUGAUGUGGGGCAUCAAGUACUACAAUGACCUGCUCAUGACUGCCCAGCAUAAUGGAAAUGUUCAGUCUGAGCUUUUGUUCCGGAAGGACCCGGAGACCUUCACCUUCCAGAAAGGAUGGGCGUUUCCGAGGCGAGUGUACUUCAACGGCGAGAACUGCGUGAUGCCGCCUCCAGAUGCGUACCCAUGGCUGCCGAACGAUUCUCAUCGACUGUCGGCAUCACUUACCAUUCCAUUCAUAACCGUUUGGACAGCAUUGGCAUUCUUGCUGGUUCAUGUGUAG